ACUAGCCCAAGCCACGCAUGCGGGUUUAGGUCGUCCAUCCCGGACACGUUUAAUGAGAAGAGGCUCACGAGCCACGCCAAACCCCGGCCGAGCGAAACGGCCCGGCCUGGCUGGCGUUGUUUAUUGGCUUUAUAUGCAUCGCCUCUGUUUCGCUCCUUUUUUUCUUCCCAGUCUCGAACCUUCUCUCGCUUUGAACCUUGACGCGCAGCUUCCGUCUAAUCUACUUAAAUUUCUCGAGCUUCUUCUCUCUUGUCGCUCUCCUAAACUCUAGUCACUCGUUUUACUGCUUGCUAGAAACGCUCAAAUUACACCAUCGUGCCAUCGUUCUUAGCUUCGCCAAGCCUCCCUUCGCUUCUACGUGUAAUCUGCGAAAAUGAAGGCCAUUCUUCUCCCACUCGCUCUCUUCGCCUCGGCCGCUGUGGCCCAGACUUCUUCCGCCUGCGGGGCCGAUUACAUCGUCGAGGCUUGCUUGGGCUCCGAGACUGCCAAGCUCGCAGCUUGCGCGGACGCCGACUACGAGUGCAAGUGCGCUGCCCACACCGACAUCCUGACCUGCUACAACAACUGCCCCAACGACCCCCGCAUUCACGACGCCGCGGGCCAGAAGCAGAUCUUCUGCGGCUACGCGAGCCAGUUCCCAAACACCCCGACCGCCAAGGUCGUCAGCGGCAACGGCACCCCCGCCGCCACCGCCACGCCGACCGUGGACCCUAGCGGCGCUGAAGCCACCGGUUCCGGCUCGGGCUCUGAUUCCGGCGGCUCUGGUUCCGGCUCUGGCUCGGGCUCCGGCGGCUCUGGUUCCAGCUCCACCCGCACUUCCACCGGCACCGCCGCCGCGACGACGUCGAACAGCGCCGCCGACCUGGCGCUCAACGCCGGCGGCGUGCUCGCUGCCGUUGCGGGCGUUGUCAUCGCAAUCUUGUGAGGGAGAGAGGGGAUGGCCCUGAGGUUAUUUGGGGGGGAGUCGGAGUAAAAUUCUUGCGUUGGGAUGCCAAUGGCCUCGCUAGGAGUUGUUCAGCCGCGGGGUUAAGGUAAACUGUUAAUGAUUCGAGCGAAGUAAUGGUGGCGAGCCCAAUGUCUGGCCGGGAAGUAUGUCUUGAACGUCUGUUCAAACCUACUUAUUUUUAAUGUCUAGUUCUACCUAUUCCUAAUGCUACUUCCUUGGCCUGGCGGUUGGAUAUCGGCUUGAGAUGUUUCCCCGGGAGCCCGCGAGCAUCAUCGGUGGGAAUGUGCAGUCCAAACUCUUUUCUCUGGUGAACACCCAUACACUAUUAUCGAGGAGACACGCUCAGCUCGGAACGAGAG